AUGCCCAAGCGUAGUUCUAAAGCUCCAGGGCUCAGCGCAGACUUCAAUGUCGCGUAUAGUUCCAGACAGGCAGACGACAUGACCGAUGUCAACUCGGCAUCUCGCGACGUUCUCGAGGAGAUCAAGAUCAGUCUCAGUCAAAACCAAAUGGAUGUCUCCUCCAUCCACGCUCAGAAUUUCGAUUGGCUCGCACCUGUCGAAGCAGUCUACCAAAACGCACAGUCUCUGGCCGCCUAUCAAUCAAAGACCUUGAGAGACAACGGAGUCAGUCGUGUCCUCCGUCGCUUCAGAGAGCACCCCAUUACGGUAACGAAUGAGGAGUUGAGUACAAUUCUCAACCUGGAGAUUUCUACCGAACAAUCGCCAAGUAUGCCACCGGGUGAUCACUACUACAUGCGAUCUUGGGUUUUUACAGCAGAUAAGUUGCUUGCAGUUAUUGCUUACAUGAAGGACGACAUGAGCUUCUCAGAGGAAACAAGAAAUUGGAAGCUCACAGUUGACCAGCACAGGCAGGACAUUACGUUAUUCACCAUCAGGUAUGUCGGUACUGUUGCCGGGCCCCUUCGCCCAUUCGACAGAUAUCAGGACGAUUUCUCAAAGCGUCCAACCGGGCUUCUCGCCGAGUUCUCCAGAGCAAUCAAGGCCAUUUCGCCCGAGAUCGAGAUAGCAGCGGAGAUAUUCCUCAUCAGAGACGCGUCGGUCACGAACAAGGAACGUCAAAUCUCCGAGGACAUCGAGCGCGUGCUCAUUGAUUUUAUGGGCUUUGAUACGCUACUCAACAGGCAGCGCGGUGGAUCGCUCGUUUCUUACGUCCCAAACAUUGAGGACGGCGAGGCCUUCGCUAGUCUCGCAACAGAUGUCGGAAACGCCUUCCGGCUUCGUUCUGUUCCCCCACCCAGCGGCCUCGAGAGCGAAAUUAGUCAGCAUUUUCAAAGGCUUCAAAAGUUCGUCAAGGAAAACCCUGAGGUCUGCGGGAAGCGUGCAAUCUCUACCCAGCUUCGAGAGGUGCUACAAGAGCAAGCUACUCCACAACAGUACAAGGGCGUCACGCUUGUCACCUUCGUUGGUAAAGACAUUCCGAUCGAGAAGUUUCUGAAGCCGGCGCAUUUCCUCGACGAAGAUUCUCAGUCAGGAGACUUCAUGCGUCAAAUAUUCCAGCGUAUCGCACUCAGCGAAGCCCUAUACCAGGGAAGACCCCCUCCAUCGGAUGACUCCAUGAUCUACCGGGAUCUUUACUGUUGCUGCGACCUUUGGCCAUGGCUCAAACACAACGAGCUGGAAUUCGCGGUGAGAUAUCUCACGAAUUAUCUGCAGUUGGUGAAGCCACUCAUUGCUCCUGUCUUCGGUCUUGUUACCAAUGAUCUGGUCAUGAACAACUUCGACACUACUGCGGAUGCCAAGCUGACUGCUAUCACUCCUGCUGUCGCUCUACCAACCAUCCAGUACUAUGACUGUCCGGCAGCUGGAAAACGGCACGAUGCAAACAGUGCUUUCAUCUUGAUUCCGUGCUUGGAUCCCGGCAGGGAAAAGUAUGGCAGCGAAGUUCAAUUGCCUUUUCGGAGACUGGUAGACAUCUCAAUGAAGUAUGUCGUCCACGUGCUCCAGGUCGCAAUGAGAACUUGCGACGCCUUCGAAGAACUUCCCAACAGAUUGGUUCUCUGCCAAGCGAUCCUGACCAACUUGAAGACCUCAAACGAACAGGCAUUCGAAGACAUACUACAGCAAGCCAAGAAAGACCUCCAACGUUCCUUCCAGCAAUUCAGGUCAAAGUCCGAGUCGGACAACGUUCGUUCAACUUUGAAUGGUGAGGCCAGAGAGAUACUCGCUAGCUUCGGCCUCGCACAAGGAGCCCCAGGAUCAGACGAAAGAAUGCUUCAACUUGAGCACAUGUGGACGCAUAAUUUAUCACCACUGCAUCUGACUAUACCACACCUCGAGCGCAACAAGAAGAUCUGGAUUGAACAAUUUGUACAACUCAGGCCUCUUCAACCUCUGCUCUUUGCUGUCACGGCCGAUCUUAGCAAGGAUGAAUACGAGAUCGCGAUCUUCAGAAUUUUGAGACCAGAGUGGCUCACAUAUGGCUCUUGGAUCAAUUUACAGAAGCACACGUUACACUUUGGCUUGUGGGUCCACAGGAGAGUCGUCAACGAUAUUGAGCAGAUCGAAGGCAAAGAGGCUAGAACGAAAGCCUUCUCGAAUUGGUUUCCAGACGACUUUCCUGUGGCGUACGACGUCCAGUCCAGGAACCUCGGAUAUCGAAACAGCCACGCAUUUGUUCGCUAG